GGAGUUUCUGUCGGCGGAUAUAAAAGCGCAGCAUCGGCACCCGCCCCUUUAAUGUCACCUGACUAGGCCCAGGCUUCCGAGUGGCGGCGGAGGCGACGGGUGAGCAGUUCAUCCUCCUCCCCGAUCUUUCCUGUGGCGAGUUCGAGUCUCCAACCAGACCAAUAUGGCGGCUGCAGAUGACUUGCAGUUCCAAGAGUUUGACGACGCCACGAACCUGCUGGCCGCGACCCCUGACGCCAUGACGAUCAGCAUUGCGGAUCCUCAGGACAAGCCCAAAAACCAGCGUGGCCCCGGGGGGGCCGGGUCCCCGGAGGACGACGAUCUGCUCGGCAACGAGGAUUCCGACAAAGCCGAGCUGCUGGCAGGGCAGAAGAAGAGCCCCUUCUGGACGUUUGAAUAUUACCAGACAUUUUUCGAUGUGGACACUCACCAGGUGCUGGACAGAAUAAAAGGUUCCCUGCUCCCACUGCCCGGCAAAAACUUUGUGCGUUUAUACAUCCGGAGCAAUCCUGAUCUGUACGGCCCGUUCUGGAUCUGUGCCACUCUGGUCUUCGCCAUUGCUAUCAGCGGGAACCUGGCUAACUUCCUGACCCAUCACGGCCAGCCCGGCUACCGUUACGUCCCCGAAUUCCACAAGGUCUCUAUAGCGGCCACAGCCAUCUAUAUCUACGCCUGGCUCAUUCCCCUUGGCCUCUGGGGCUUCUUGAUGUGGAGGAACAACAAAGUGAUGAACAUCGUCUCCUAUUCCUUCCUGGAGAUCGUGUGUGUGUACGGCUACUCCCUCUUCAUCUACAUUCCUACAGCAGUGCUGUGGAUUAUUCCCAAUGAGAUUGUUCGCUGGAUCACUGUGGUCCUGGCCAUGUGUCUGUCCGGCUCUGUGCUUCUCGUCACCUUCUGGCCGGCUGUGCGUGAUGACAAUCGGAGGAUCGCCAUAGCAACGGUCACAGUCGUUCUGGCCCUACACGCCCUCCUAGCUGUUGGCUGCAAGGUCUAUUUCUUUGACCCUCCGGAAAAAGCCAAGCUCCCCGAGCUGCCCUCGCUGGCCCCGGCUGUGAACGAGACACUAUCCAUGCGGGAGAAAUCAAGCUAAGCUACAGGCUCCAUCGUUGCUGGCUCGGUUCCUGGUGAAGGCCGUGAGGGGGAACGGAAGUGUGGACGGAAGAGUUUGAUGAUGGAGCUCAGGCCUAUGGGCUGGCAGUGACUGGCAAUGGUCGGGUGUGAGCGGGAGUGAUCGGGUGUGAGCGGGAGUGAUCGGGUGUGAUUGGGCUGUAGUUCCCGGGCGGCUUCUGGAUGAUAUUUUCACUUUUUACCUUCACUGUUUGAUUUCAGCCUUGAUCCUCCUGACAACCCAAUCGCCAACGUUACUUGAAAGAUUUCCUCAAAUCUGUACAUUAGCAAAAUUUCAAAACUUUCUUUGUAUAGUGAUUUUUCACAGCUUUUUCUCGCCUUGUGUUAGAGCAUUAUAAAUUAAAUUAAGUUGGGUUAUGA